AUGGGGAACAAAAUCGACCAAGUGGAUGUCUCUUCCGGCAUCUUUGUUGCCGGCGUCAAUCUUUGGUCCGUUAUGUUAGAGGUUGACAAUCGAGAAGCACGGCUUGUAGAAGCAGUAGUCGCAGCAUCAUUCUUGGCUACAUACGGACAGAUGUCAGUAGGAUGGAACAAUUGGCGCAAUGCCUCUACCAUUCUGUGUAAUGCAGUCACUGCAGAUAUCGAGGCGCUUACACCUGACCGACGAGUACUCACCGCUGUUCCCGCCUAUGCACUUGUCAGCUAUAUAUUUCUAAUUGACACUCUGCAAGCCACUCACUGCGGCCUUGCAGCCAACAUUUCGACAAAGGAGCUUUUCAUCAAAUUACCUGGCUCGGACCAUCAGUUCUGCGCGAUUUACCAUUCUCUUCUGCAAGGGAACCAGAUUCCACAAGACGUACACAACGAAGAAGAUGCUCUUCUACUGCUCACAGCUCUCCUCAGUGAUGUCGUCUAUGCGCAACGAUGUCUCCAGCUGAUGUCCUCCACUACCAGUGGGCUAUUGGUGCAUGGUUGCUUAAUGCCCCGAAGUCCCUUUACGCCUUUAUCGGCGGCUUCGGAAUUUUCUCGACUUAACGAGGCCAUGACUGCUGGGCUCUCACGAUGGGAGCGUAUCUUUGAAAACCAUGUUGGCAAGGACAUUCUCGCCUUGCAAUGUUUUUGCAAAUUACAGCUCAUAUGCCCUGAUACCUGGAAACUGCCGCAGAUGGCAGGCUAUGGAGAGACGCAGUCUGAAGGGGAAUGCCUCCGUCCCUCUGAGCGUUUCGAGGUAUCGGACAAAGCUGCGGCACUCGCUUGGCAAGUCCUAAAUUGCUGUCAUCAUCUACCAUCGGAGAGUAAAUUAGCUGUCUGGUUGCCAGUAAUCGUGUUCCUAUGCGCAUUGACUAUAUGGCAGAAACUGCGCACCGAACCUUCGCAUUAUGGGAGCUUGAGAGUUCUCGAUCUUUUCAGCAAGGAGAUCGCAGGAUACCAUUGGCCUUGCAGCAUCGAAAUGGUUCGAACACUGGAGAGGCUGAUGCAGAGUUGA